AGGCGAGCGCGCGAGGGAGUCCGUCGCGCACCGACGCUUCUCGUCUUCGCUUUUCCACCCCCGGCCGUUGCGUUCGUGCGAACGCGUCGCUACGAACGGUUCAUCACCAAAUAAGAAUGUCGAUAAACGGAGUAAAUCUCUUUUGAGGCUCGAGUCGGGGGCGUAAAGUGUACGGCAGAUGUGAAAGGGCAAAGGUCGAACGGGUUCAACAUGUCGAGCGAGGAGGAAACGAAAGAAAUCAGGGAGGCGAGGGAUGAAAAGAAGAAGGAUAUCGUAGAAGAGGACCUACAGAUGUUCGACACGCUUUGCAUAUCAUCGCCACGAAAGAUCAUCCAGGAAGAAGCAAUGGCGCACGACCUGACGACUACGUUGAGGAGCGAGCUGGCAGCUCUCGAGUACAAACGAGACAGACUUAUGUCCGAGCUCCAGGAGAUGAAGAAUUUGAUGAGGGCCAGGGACCAACGGGUUUUGGAGCUGCAAGUGGAGGCUGAUCAACUUCGCGAGCAAUCGGCCAGACAGAACUCGAUCGUUCUUAGUUUAAAAAAACGCAUACAGGAAUUGGAGGAACGUGAGAGGCAUCUGUAUGCGAGCCAGGGCAGAAACGAGAUCACGAUGCAGGGUUUGCAACGGGAUUUGAAGUAUCACGAGGAGAAGAUUCGCGAGUACGAGAAGAAGAUACGACACCUCGAGCAGAGCGCGUCGGAGGAGAUCGAGCUGAAGGAACGUGCUCGUUCCAGUUAUCAGGAGUUCGCGCGUAAACUGGCGAACGCGUUGAGCAUCGAGUACCGCGAAGCCGUUCACCCCAGUCCGGAAAUCGUGAUUCACAAAGUCGAGGAACUGGUCCAAGAGGCGAACCGUCUCCGCGCGAAGAGCACGAACGUCGAGACCCAAUUGUCUACCGUCGAGGUCGAUUUCAGAAGCUGUCGGGACGCUCUCGACCGCACGGCCACCGAGAAAGAACAACUGCAGCGACAAGUGUCCUCGCAGUUGAUCGAGCUGGAUCGCCUCAGACAGGACAAAGAAUGCCUCGAGAUGCAGCAUAGGAUCGCGGAGAGAGAGCUGAACGAGCUGAGGGACAAACUGGUGAACGCGAACAGAAGCAUAACUAGUGCAACAGGAAAUUUAUCCAGCCAAGAAACGUUGAUCAACCAAUUAAGAGAGGAUCUGAAGCACCGGGAAGAGAAGGCGCAGCGCGCGCAAACCGAGUUGCGACACCUUCUGGAAUCCUUAGCGGUGCUCGUCGGCGGGCCGAACAGAUUCGUCGAGUCCCACGAGAAUUCCAUCAAGGAUCGCGUCCGGGAAAUCCUAGCCGAGAAUAAGGACCAAGCUAUUACCAUAGGGAAUCUACGGGACAAGGUGAACGCUAUCACGGAAUCGAAUACCCGUCAGAGCGAUUUGAUCGAGGCGACGGUGACGAAGAUGCGCAGCGUCGAGGAUGAACGCUCGUGUCUGGAGAGCAAAGUGCGCAAACUGGAAUCGGAUUUAACCACGUGCGAGCUGCAAAAGGAGUCCCUGCGCAGGGACAAGCAAACGCUCAUUACGUUUUUGGAACGGCUCAGCAAAGCGAUGCAAAUGGACGAAAUCUCCGAGGAGAUGGGACUGGACCUUCAAACGGAAUCGCUGCUGGCGCGGGCCGAGCAGCUGGCCAGAUUGGAAACCGACAAGCUCGUAGACAAGUACUCGCGGUGCAACUACACCAUCUUACCGGGGAUACGACGCGAGCGAUCCUUCCACGAGCUUCCUUCUAUAAAAGAAACUUCGGUGGUGUAUCAACUGCAACGUCGCGUGAGAACCCUUCGAGAACAGUUGCAGAGGAGGGACCUUCACUUGGACCUGCUCCGUAGGAAACUGUCGCUUCAAGAGGAUAGCGUGCGAAUGAAGUCGCUGCUGCAGAGCGAGAGGGACGAAGCGAAUCUCCGGGCGAAGAAGCUAUCGAAACAAAUCGAACGGUUGCAGGUACAACUUUCGGAGGAGAAAUCGAGGAGCCGGGAGUUAAGCGCGCAGCUGACCGAAGCCGCGGACUACAAGAUCGCAGCUCUCGAGCGUAGCCGGAAAAUCGAGGAGCUCCAGAAACGAUUAGUAGAGAGCGAGAUGCUGAGGACGCGGUUUAACAGAAAACUGACGAUGUUGAAAGAACAGAUGAGAAACAUGACCGAAACUGUCGACCAGGAGAGGUCUAUCAACGAUCACUCGUUACAACUGCUCAGAGACGAGUUGGCCCAGGUCAAGCAAAAUCUGUCAGAGAUCACCAAGAGGGAAUCUCAGCUGCAGAGCUUCCGCGUAUCCGUGGUGAAACUAUUGUCCGAGCCAAUCUGCACGCCCGAUUACGAGAUAAUCUCGCGGCUGCAGAAAAUGGUAGCGGCCCAUCGCGACUUCACGAUGCUCUCGCGCAGAUACGACGAACCAUUCGAAACCAGUCCCUCGAGAUGUACCAGCGUACAUCCGAUGCAUCCUCCUAGAUCGCCGGGAUCGCGAUGCACUCGCUACGAGGACACAGGAUUCACCGAUCCGUCGGAUCUCCGCGACAUCGACGACGAGUUUAAACGGCCGGUGCGGAGCAGUCUCCUUCCGUGACGACGGCCACGAUUUCGAUAUUAAACUUCUCUUCUUUUUUUUUAUAAUAUGUAAAGAAUUAAAAAUAAUGAGAUCCCUCCCGAA